GUAAACAAUGUGGUUACGGCGUGUCUUCUACUCUAUGGUCUUCUACUUUUCUCUGUGAGGUAGGUCGGAUGACUGAUCUCAAUCACCGGAUUAUUCGAUACCUUACAGAUAAUGUUGGUAAAGUAACCAUCCAAGAGUGAUUCCAAUUACAAGUUAAUCUUGUCACAAUUAUAAAAGAGAGUUAGAGUCAACAACUGUCAACAAGUGUGCAAACUGUGCGAAGAAGAAAAUGGGUCGAAGCAAAAAAGGUCGCUGUGUUAAGCGUAACAAGCAUCUCGACAGUGGUGAGUCAGGGGAUAUCGUAAGAGCACCACACUCGUUCGUCAUCCACCGGGGCUUACCCGGUGAACAUAUUGUCGAACUCACCAAGGAUUUUCGAAAGGUCAUGGAACCUUUUACAGCCUCUGCCCUCAAGGAACGAAAGCGUAACAGCAUCAAGGACUUUGUGUCCGUUGCAGGUGUCCUUCAUGUUACUCACAUGUCUCUAUUCACGCGCACCGAGCUCGGCAUGUAUCUUAAGCUCUGCAGAUUACCAAGAGGACCGACCCUUACUUUCAAGAUAAAAAAUUUCACUCUGGCGCGAGAUGUCGUCUCCACAACAAAGAAACAACUUGUUUUCGAACAAGCCUUCAAACACUCGCCCCUAGUUGUUCUCAACAAGUUUAGUGGUGAGGGUAUGCAGCUCAAGUUAAUGACCACUAUGUUUCAAAACAUGUUUCCUACCAUCAACUUGGCCACAGUAAAUCUGAGUAAUCUUCGGCGUUGCGUCUGUUUAAACUACAAUCCGGACACAAAGCAGAUAGAUUUUCGACAUUAUGCCAUCAAAAUUGUGCCGGUUGGUUUAUCAAGGAAUGUCAAAAAGUUGGUUCAGGCCAAGGUACCGGAUCUAUCGCGAUGUCAAGAUUUUUCAGACUUUAUGACAAAGCCCACGUUAUCCGAAAGCGAGGCCGAGGACGAUCCAGCCAGUCACGUUACUUUGCCCCAAAAACUAUCAUCCCGAGGAAAUCACGAGAAGAGCAAGAGUGCAGUUAAACUUUACGAGCUUGGACCAAGAUUAACACUGCAGUUGAUCAAGGUCGAAGAUGGUUUAAUGGAAGGUGAAGUACUGUAUCACGAAUUCGUCAGUAAAACGGAAGAAGAGAAAAUUUUGCUUGAAAAGAAGCGAGAACAGAAAAAGAAAUUGAAAGAGAAGCGGAAAAAGACACAAGAAGAGAAUAAAAAUGCCAAAGAAAAAAAGAAACAAGAGCAUAAAGAAAAAUCACUUCAGGGCAUCAAAAGAAAGAGAGAAAAGGAUAUUCUAAUGCAGAAGAUAGCGAAAGAGUCUUACGAAGCCAACAAAUCGGAUGAAGAUGAUGAUGCGCAAUAUUACAGAGAUGAAGUUGGCCAAGAACCUGACAAAGAGCUUUUCGAAGGAGCAACAAAAAAGUCCAAAUCCUUUGUACCUAGAUACAAAAUAAAAAAGAUGAAGCUGAGUUCAGAAAAGGCAAAGAAAAAACAAUCUUAG